AUGUCGAUUCCCGUCUCAUACAUGCCUUAUCCCCAGGCUCUCUUGACGCAGACUGUCCCCGCACCCACAACAGCUGCCUACCUGCAAUCCACCUUCACCCCGACCGAUCCCAGUAUGACCACUGCCGGGCUUGCCAGUAUGCACACAGUGACUACGGUUCCCACGGAUGGAGGAACCGUUACCGCGACGAUUACUAUCCAAACCAAUCCCUUGGUAGUGGCCAUCAUCACGAUGGUUGGCCCAGGCUGGGAGUGGGCCUCGAACGGCAUUACUAUGAAAGAGACCUCGCCCAUCUCUACAUUCGCAACUUCGUCCUCCUACAAUCCCGCGACCUUGCCCCUCUCCAAGAUUGCGACAUCAUCAUUCUCGACGCUUUUGACCUCAACCCUCUCCAUGGCAGGGAUUUCCUCGCACUCGCCAACCGCCACUCUUUCUUCAGUGACCAAGAGCACGGUGGAAACAUCCCUUCACACAAGUACUGAGACACCACAGGCAAAGCCGCAGUCUGAUAUCUCCAGCAACUGGAUCCAUCGCGCUGGCAUGUACGGUGGUAUAAUUGUUGGUGCAAUUUUUGCUCUCAUCAUUAUCCUCCUAGCAGUCCUCGCUUUGCGCCGUCGUGCUACCCGCAAGAAGGAGCUGGAGAGUCUCCGGCCUAUCCGCCUGCAACCUUUGAGGCAAUCCGGACUCCGCCGUAGCGACAACCCAGUAUGGCCGCUCGCGCCUCCUGCCCCGAGGCAGACGUUCGGAGAAACGAUCAGGGCAUACGCAGCGGACAGUCGCGACACCAGUACUACAUUCCGUCCGGAAGGCCAGACCUUCCUCUCAGCGCAACACCCAGGAUCUACAGGUAGUGGGGCUACAAGGGCUGAGAACUGCUGGGUGCAAGGAUGUCGAUAA